AUGACUGCUGUCUUAGGGGACCACACCGUCUGCUGCUGCCUUCCAAAAAGUGUGCGUCUGUGUGAGUGUGUGGCCGUGUGUAGGGGGGCAUGUGACCACCUUCCCAAUCAGACACUGGCAGAAUCCACGUUUGGGGUUGGAUAUAGCCAGUCCCUUAUCCCUAACUCAGUUUCCUUUUCUAUUUCUGCAGUCCUCCUGAGCGGUGGCAUUGUGGCAACAGCUGGGCAGUUUGUCCUGUGGGAGUUUGGUGCCUACUCGAUUGUGGCUGGAGUUUUCAUCUGCCUGCUGGAGUACCCUCGGGGCAAGAGGAAAAAGGGCUCCACCAUGGAGCGGUGUGGUCAGAAGUACCUGACAACUGUGGUAAAGGCAUUUGGACCCCUGACUAGGAACUACUAUGUCCGAGCCAUCCUACACCUCUGCUUGGCAGUACCUGCAGGUGUGCUAUUAGCCACCAUCCUGGGCACAGCCUGUCUGGCUAUUGCAAGUGGUAUCUAUCUCCUGGCUGCAAUCCGGGGAGAGGAGUGGAGGCCAAUUGAGCAGAAGCCCAAGGAGCGACUCCAGGUGAGGGCCACCAUCAAGCAGCCGCCCAGCAACCCCCCACCCCGUCCCCCCGCGGAGGCCCGGAAGAAGCAGCCCGAGGAAGAGGCCGCGGGGCCUUCUGGGGGCCCCCAGGUGAACCCGGUCCCCGUGACUGAUGAGGUCGUGUAGAGACCCUCGAAUGGGUAGAGCCCCACCUCCGCCUCACGCACUCCCACAAAUGACCACCAGAGGGCAGACGGCAUCCAAGCCCGGCGCUGCUGGCGGCUGGGAGCUGGGACGGGAACCUCCUUGUAGGCUGUUUGGCCCCGGGGGCAGAGCCUGCCCUAUUUCCCUUCGGUCCUCAUCCCUAAUUAGAGUUUCCAGUUGCUAUGCAUAUUUUGUAAUAAAUGCACCUCCGUAAAA